AUGAGGCGAUUGAAGGACACCGGACUCUCGGGACUGCUGAUCGGCUCGAGGUCUAGAUCUGACCCGGUCACCGGCGGCGCCGCUCCGUUCUUCAACCGAUUCGGCGGGACGCUGAAAGUAGGCGUGGAUGGCCGUGAAAGACGACUGCCCGAAUUCGGAUCCUCGUCACCAGCGCCGCCUUCAUGA